AUAAAAAAGACUUAAAAUGUCACAAUUAAAAUUUCAUGAUAAAAUAUUCACUUUCUGUUUCACAACAAUUAUUUUUGCAACACUAUUGAAAAUAAAUCCAACAAUAGCUGCAUCAUCAACAAAAAAGAAUUUCGGUGAGAGACGUGUUAGCGUAGAUUCAGAUUUACGUGUACAAUAUCAUGAAAGAACAGCAGCACUUACAGAAUGGGAUGAUGAAAAUACACUAAUUGGAUGUGAAUUAGUAUCAAUAAGUGAUAAUAGUACAUUUAAUAAAUUAACUGGUUUAAUAAUUGAUGAACCAAAACCAAUUACUUUUGAUGAAAUGAAUGAAUUGAUAAGUCAUUGUGAUAAUAUAGAUUUACCAUUGAAAAAGAAAAAGAAUACAAUUUUUAGUAAACAAACAUUAAAUAUUGUAAGCGGAAUUUUCCCCGGCACAAAAUGGUGUGGUAGCAGUAAUUUAGCUAAAAGUUAUCAUGAUCUUGGUCUGAGAUCUGAAUUGGACCGUUGCUGUCGUGCACAUGAUUUUUGUCCAGUUAAAAUACGUGGAAAAGAGACACGUUUUAAUAUAACAAAUACAUCACAAUUUACAAAACUACAUUGUAAAUGUGAUGAUAUUUUUUAUAAUUGUUUAAAAAGUGUUGAAGGUCCAGCUGCAAAUUUAGUGGGACGAACAUAUUUUAAUUUUUCGAAGAGAGAUUGUUUUGAACAGAAUACAAAUUCAACAAAUAAUAAUUAUGAGUUCCGUGAACCAAAAAAAGAAUUUUAAUUCGUAUUAUAUAAGUGUAUUUGUAUACAGAAUUUAAGGUGUAAUAAUAAUCAUAUAUAUGUUCAUAUGUAUACAUUAUUGAAACAAUAUAAUAAAAAUGUUACGUAUAUUAUAAGUUUAUUGAUUUAAAUUGGCUAUUUUAUAAAGAGGAAAGAAUAAUA